UUGGAGCCAGAUAAGCGUUGACGGACGACACUGGAUUUAUUUUUAAUACAUGUAUCGAUUUGCAGCAUUUAAAAGUACUUUCUUUCAUAUAGCCUGUAUACCAAAACAUUACUUUUCUUAAAUACAUUUGAGGAGUGUUGUCGCCUGCGCAUAGCCGUCGGACUGGCCUAUUCGCAUUGUUUUUUUGGGCGACAGUUAUCCAGCAACAGAGCGAGUCAGGAAGAGAGAGGGCCACUUAUUCCACCAGCCUCUUUAGACCGACCGGAGAUAAAUCGAGGAUAACAUUCGUAAUUAGAAACAGUUACGUAACCAGGUAAAGGUGGACAGUCACGGAUACGUCUGGUAUCCAACAACAAGUCAACCUUCAGCCUGUCAUUAUUUUAUUUUGGUGAUCUUAUACCGAGAAAAUUACCGUCCGUGUUCAUGCCAGAUCUGCAGCGCUUUAGUUUUCCAUAUCAUAGCAUGAAUCCUUUGUUAGGGGCGAACUCGCUUCUCCAACAUCAACAGCAGCAGAAUCAAGGAGGACAGAGUCAUCCUGAUUCCCCCUCAGGCCUUCUGCCCGAAGCCGUCUUCGGCUCGCCCGACCCGACGUCUUUCUUCCUAGGCGACCAUCCCGGACUGGGCACGGAGACUCUGCCAGGGUUCGAUUUCACCACACCCUCACAAGCUUACCUGCAUCUGAACCAUAAUAACCACUCUUAUCAUCGGUCUGUGCCCCAACCCCCUGCAGCGAUGGCCCUGAGGAACGACCUGGGCUCCAAUAUCAGUGUCCUAAAGACUCUGAACUUACGGUUCCGAUGCUUUCUGGCCAAAGUGCAUGAACUGGAGCGAAGGAAUAAGAUUUUGGAGAAACAACUACAACAGGCGUUGGAUGCGAAGAACAGCUGUGAUGGAGGUUGUUCUGAAAGCGCUAGAAGGGCCCAUACCCAAGAGAUAGGUGUACAGACCGGGUUUGUGGGAACUAUUCCGCUCAGGCCUGGGUCACUCCCGUUCCAAAACACCAACAACUCCGCAAGACGACCCACUACCCUCUUCACACCUCCCCUCAACACUGUCCUCACGCUUGAGUCCAACAACAAAGCUGAAACAAACCCCAGCGAACCGAAUCAGAAUCCGACCAUCACAAUAAGCCUAUCAACCCCGACAAUCAACUCUCCAGCUGGGUCCAAUUCGAUCACCAACGGGAAAACGGUUUUCAGUACUGGAACUGGAACCCCCACCAACCCGCCUCCCCGGUUCCUCCCCGGUACUAUCUGGUCCUACAACCAUACCCGCAAGCUCGGUUCUGGCGUGGAGACGCGCGUCACCAGCCCCGGUGUGUCCUGGGUCCAGCCGGAUGGUGUCGGGGUCCAGAUUGAUACCAUCACCCCGGAGAUCAGAGCCCUGUACAACGUCCUGGCCAAAGUCAAGAGGGAGCGGGACGAGUACAAACGCAGGUGGGAGGAGGAGUACACUGUCAGAGUGGACAUGCAGCAGAAGAUGGAAGACCUACAGGAGGACCUCCAGGAGAGUGAGGGCUGUCAGGAUGAGUUGGCUGUCAGAGUGCAGCAGCUGAAGGCUGAACUGGUGCUCUUCAAAGGCCUCAUGAGCAACAACAUGUCUGAUCUGGACAGUAAGAUCCAGGAGAAGGCCAUGAAGGUGGACAUGGACAUCUGUAGACGCAUCGACAUCACGGCUCGCCUGUGUGACGUGGCCCAGCAGAGGAACUGUGAGGAUGUCAUCCAGAUGUACCAGGUCCCUAACACCCAGUCUGCCAUCAACUGUCGCCCCCGGAAACAGACCCCGCUGUACGUCAACGGUAGUGAGGGUGAUGAAACUAUCAGCACCUCAGAGAGCGAUGGGGGCCUGCCCAGAGAGGAGGAGCUCUGUGGCUCGUCAGCCAAUCAGAUCAACGAGGAAAUGCAGAGGAUGCUCAACCAGCUGCGGGAGUGUGAGUUUGAGGAUGACUGUGACAGCCUGGCCUGGGAGGAGACAGAGGAGACUCUGCUGCUGUGGGAGGACUUCCCAGGAUGCACUCUGGCUCCAGAGACCACCCGCCAGCCAGGAGAGCAGGAGGACCAGUGUCUGGAGAAGGUGAUUAACGACACUGAGGACUUGUUCAAAUCCAGGGAGAAAGAAUACCAAGAGACCAUCGACCAGAUUGAGUAUGACUUGGCUACAGCUAAGAGUGAUAUGAACCGUCACCUACAUGAAUACAUGGAGAUGUGUUCUAUGAAGAGAGGCCUGGAUGUACAGAUGGAGACCUGCAGGAGACUCAUCACCCAGAGUGGGGACAGUAAACCUGGCUCUCCUGUGGCUGGGGCUGGUGAGGAGAGCGUUGACCAGGCAGAGAAGGAAGGGACAAUAGCGUCGCCUCCUCCCGCCAACUCUCCUCCCAGAUCAUGACCUAUCAAGACCACCUCCAUCACAUGACCGUCAUUCCAUCCAACCACAGUACCACUCAACACUCUGCCGUCACUAUAGCAACACCAUAUUUACAUUCUAACCACUAGAUGUUUAUUAGUCUAUUUUCAUUCCCAAGCAUCAAUAUGGGAAAGUGACAGAUCUAUCUGUUUUAGCGACGGUGUAGUAUUGUGUGUUUCCAACAGCUUUUACUCCCCUCUACUGGAAUGUGGUAUUACUAGCACCAUGGAAGUCUGUACAUAAGAAUCCACUGUUUAGCAGAGCAAAGGUGACGAGGUAAUGGAUUGAAAUACACAACUUGAAUUGAGAAUACCUCAUAGAAAAGUAUGAGCAAUAUUUGAAUGAACUCAUAUGAGUUGUAGGCUAGAGUGUACUCUUGGGGUAGGAGUUGGUACUACAGAGUACCAUGGUAAUACCUCUCCUAUAGCAUGAUCCAUUUCCUCACAGCCAUAAUGAUAAACACAAGGCACACACACCAACACACACCAAUACAUUUAUGUCAGGCUAGCAUAGCAGAUCAUUCUAACAUUAUGAGGGCUUGUUUUUAGACUAAGUCAAGUAUAACACAGUAAAUAUAAGCCUUAGGGUGUGUUCGUAAAUUCACUCUGGAGUGCCAGAGUGCGCUCUGGGCGUUCGUAAAUGCACAGCGUUGUCAGA